AUGCAUCGCGCCGGCUCCCGCGCCAUCUCGGCGCGCGCCGUGAGCGGCAGCAGAACGCCCGGCCUGGGUCUCGGUCGGGACCUCGCCCUUUCUGCAGCACGUCGCCAUGUCUUGAACACUGCGCAGAGAUCUGUUCGGGUACAGUGUUCGAGCAGCAGCCCUAUCUCCAGGGGCUGGUCUCGUCUAUACAGCUCCUCAUCUCCUGCCGCUGCCGCCGCGAGCCCCAGUACUCCAGGUCCCCCGCAAGAGUCACAACAACCUGUGCCGCCACCGGACGAACCGAGCACGCCAUUCUCGGCACAAGAUGUAUCCCAGUCCCAGCCUCAGCCAUUGAAGAGAUCGCAGCGACGUGCCCCUCGGACGACAACGUCAUAUCCCCCGGUAGACCUGCCUAGCUGGUUUUUGGAAAACUACGUGACCCUAGACGGCGAAGCACUCAUAUAUCCCAAUGACUAUACAAAAAUGCUAGAGUUUCCCGAAACACUCAAGCGCUUCGUGGAGGAGGGGGAAUUAUUAAAGGCGCUGAAGAACAAAGAAGACGACACUCGUCUCGACAGUUAUGUGGCCACUUUCAAAAAGGCGGCCGAUGCUAUACAAUCACACCAGCCGUCGGCGCCCGGACUCGAAGACCACAUUAAACUUGCACAGCUCAUGGGCGACCAUGUAUUGAUUGCGGGAUACUCCCUGUUGGCUCUUUCCCAGCACGCUGACUUGGAACGAAGGAUCCAGGCCAGGAGAGAGCGUGAAACCGUAAUCAACAAACUAAAGCACCUCGGAACCGCCCAAGACCUGACACAUCGCAGUCUGACGCGGUAUGCUCAGGGCCAUCUUGCCCAAGACGGCGUCAACCUGGAAAACGUUGGUUUCAAGAAAGCUGUUGCUGCCGAGUUGACUGCGGCAGCUAGUCUUGCAUCCAGGACACUGCCUGCCGGUACUCGCCGACCUGUUCCUGUUCUCGAAACCGAACGCCUUGCGGGCGCCCCACUGGCCAGAGCCGUCGUUGAGAAGGCCGUCGAGGGGACAAAGGCAGACGUGAUCCAUCUUGACGCUCAUGUACUGGCUGAGAUAAUCGGCAAAUAUCUAGGACAGGAUCCGUACAUGAACAAGGGGCCAUACACCAUGCUCGGCUUAAGCGUAGAGACGAUCAACAAUCGAGUUAUGGCGACGUCUGCGGGCGCUCCGAUGCAGACUUUUGGGGAAACUGAUGGCGAUUCGGGGAUAGAUCCAAUGGCAGGUACCGAAUCCGUCGUGGUUGGCCCGGAAGCUAUCAAGACUCUUCGGAGGCUAUUCCAUGGCGAUAGCGACAGCAAACCAGACGGCAACCGCUGGGACGAUCUGAAACUUGGCCACAUCUUGGAGCAGAUCCUGACCGCGCCCGAGAUUAAGCGUAGCACUAAAUCACUGCCAUCCAAGGAUGUGCCUGGGCCAACUAUUGUCCACCUCCACAACUUCACGGAACUGCACAAGAUUAGGGAGGGCUCGUUCAUAGUGUCCAAGCUGCGAACCACUGUUGACAGAUUGUGGCGGGAACAACGCAAGCAUAUCGUGCUAGUAGGUUCCACGAGCCCUUUCGCCGGACGCCCGGGGCCGAAGGACUUCGGCAAGAUGGCCAUGCAGCCCAACUCCGAUCUGGACGUUCACGAGUAUCUUUUUGCCCGACCGUUACCGGAAGAGGUACAACGCCGAGUCUCAGCGGACGGCCUGAGACAAAUAAACCUGACAAACCUGGCUGUCCUUAUGGAAGCCAUGCUGGGCGAGGAGGUGAUUUUCCGGCUAAAUUACGAAAAUAUGGCAGAUUCUAGCUUUGCCACGGAUUUUGAAAGGACCGUCUUCGACCACACCAUAAUAUACAGGCUUGCCACACGGCUUAUUGCCAAACAGAAGCCCGGAGAACCUCAGAAGGUGUACGAUCAAGAUGAUUUGUAUGCUGAGUUGUUGGAAUGGCAAGAGCACGUCAAGAAUGAUCUCCGCAAGAACUUUCCCUCCAUGACAGGCGGCAAGGACCUCAAACGUGUCAAUGCCAUCAAGCGCGCCGGAUUAGCCGACGACUUACCAAAGCUCGGUGGACUGCGCGGGCUCUUUGGAGGCCGCGGUGCAGAUGAGGGGGAAGCGAACGAGGAAUACGACAAGUAUGAAAAGCAGCUCCUAACCGGGCUGGUCAAAGCCGAAGACAUCAAAACCACUUGGGAAGACGUGGUCUGUUCUCCCGAAACCAAGGAGUCUCUCCAAGCCAUGACCUCGCUGGUGCUCACCCGCCCAGAGGCUUUCUCGUACGGUGUUCUUGCCAAAGAGCGCAUUCAGGGAUGCCUUCUGUACGGGCCGCCGGGGACGGGCAAGACGCUGAUGGCAAAGGCGAUUGCCCGCCAGUCAGGAGCCAACGUCCUCGAGGUCAGCGCCGCCUCCAUCAACGACAAGUAUCACGGCGAGAGCGAGAAGCGUGUUCGGGCCGUCUUCUCCCUAGCCAAGAAAAUGUCGCCAGCCGUCAUCUUCCUGGAUGAGGCCGACGCCCUUCUCGGCUCCAGGUCGAACAGCAGGGGCAGAGGCGGCUUUAGAGAGACGCUGAACCAGUUCCUCAAGGAGUGGGAUGGCCUCACCGAGAUGAAGACAUUUGUCAUGGUGGCCACCAACCGCCCCUUCGACCUGGAUGACGCCGUGCUGCGGCGAAUGCCCCGCCGCAUCCUUGUAGACCUACCCCUGAAGGAGGCUCGACUCAAGAUCCUACAGGUGCUCCUGCGUGACGAGUGUCUCGAUGGCUCGGUCAACCUCGACGACAUUUCUGCGCGUACAGAAAUGUGCUCGGGCUCAGACCUCAAGAACAUAUGUGUCGCCGCCGCCAUGGAGGCCGUCAAGGACGAGAUCAAGGCUCGCGACACCAGCCCCGACCCAGACUCCCACAUGUUCCCGGACCGCAGGACCCUGACGGCUGACCACUUUGAGCGCGCUCUGAAGCAGAUCGGCGCCAGCAUCAGUGGCGAUAUGGACUCGCUCAAAGCCAUCCGCAAGUUCGACGAGCGCUUCGGAGACGCCCAGGGACGCGGCAACCAAAAGGCGCGCAAUGGCAUGGGUUUCGCCGUCGGCGCCGUGCCUUCCCGGUCCGGAGAUGCGCGCGUCCGCCGCAGCGACUCUGCCUAG